AUGUCCCACCCUUAUCUCUGGAAGCAGCCCGGCCGCUGGGUGCGCUGGGCUGCUCAUGAGAAGCCUGCUAUCUUCUUCUCUUGCCUGAUUGGUAUUUCCGGUCCUAUCAUGCUGGCUGUCCUGCCUCCGUUCCGCCGGGCUCUGGGUGACUACGACCCUGCCCCCAUCCCCAUGUCAUACCCUAUUCCGUCCGGCCCGCGUUCACCCCCCAAGGGCUACGAGGACGAAUAA